AUGAAGGUGUUUGUUUUGUUUGUUGCUAUAGCUGUAGCAGCAUGGCAAUGCCAUGGUUCAGACCAUGGGCAUGAGUACCAAAUUUUCCCUCUCAGAAUGAAAACUGGGCAUGGUGGCCACUACAUUCCAGAGGUUUCAUGCCAAAGUUGGAGGCUUGGUGUGGAAGCACAUAACGUGAUUGAUUGGAAAACUGUUCCUCUAGACUGUGAGGGAUACAUAGGGAACUAUAUUCUUGGUGACCAAUAUAGAUCAGACUCCAAAACUGUUGCCCGUGAAGCUUAUUAUUAUGCCAAAACCCUAAACAUCACUGCCAAAGACAUAUGGGUGUUUGAUGUAGACGAGACUACACUCUCUAAUCUCCCAUAUUAUGCUGACCAUGGAUUUGGGGUGGAACCAUACAACGCGACGGCGUUUAAUGAAUGGGUUGACCUUGGAGAGGCACCAGCACUGCCGGAGAGUCAGAAACUGUACAAGAAAUUGUUGUCACUUGGCAUCAAGAUUGUGUUCUUGACAGGAAGACCACUGGAACAGAAGGCUGUCACAGUUACCAACUUAAAGCUUGCAGGAUACAACAAAUGGGAGAAGAUAAUUACCAAGGAUACAUCAAUAUACCAUGGGAAAACAGCAGUAACAUACAAAUCAACAGAGAGAAAAAAGCUGGAGGAACAGGGAUACAAGAUCAUUGGAAACAUUGGAGACCAAUGGAGUGAUAUUCUAGGAACCAACACUGGAGAUAGAACCUUUAAGCUUCCUGAUCCCUUGUACUACAUUAGUUGA